UGUACUAGGCUACUGCACUUCCAUGAGAUGUCAGAGAAUCUGAUUAUUCAUAUUAGUUACCAUAUUGUAUAUAUCAUAUUUUAGGAGUAGGCAACAGUAUAUAUCGUAUUUAAUUAGUAUUGUAAUUUCCCAACAGGCAACCUUUUGAUUCACCUUAUUUGAGUCAUUUUAGCAGAAUCUUCGGGCAGUUUUGUCAACGAAAAGGGGCGUGGAUUAGUCGUUUUUACCGCUAAUAUGAUAUAUCUUUGGGGCAGUUUUGCUUCAAAAUAAACAUUCCUCGUGCCUAUUCUUUGAGUUUAUCAAGUCGCGGAAACAAUGCCACUGACCUAACAGGGACUCAAGCCGACAUUGGGCUGUCACUGCUGCCUGCUCUUAUCCCGCAUUGACAGCGGGGCUACUCGAAGGCUUGUAGGUCGUAUGCUUUGCUUUGUGUGAUACCGGAAGCUUCUCAACGUUUUGUAGCGCUAUAUGAAAUCGACAUUGUGAUAAGGACUUUUAAGGACUCCUUUCAAAAAGCGGAGUUUAUAAUUCGGCAAGGAGAGAUGAAGAAUUUACUCCCUGGGAUAGUCCUGACGUUUUGGAUAUUUUUAGAGUGCAUAGAGGCCAAGAAGUACUGCUGGUAUUUUGAAGGUGGAUCCCCCAUCUACUUUAUAUGCCGCUCGUACGAGGACUGCUGCGGGACACGCUGCUGCGUCCGAGCCCUCUCCAUCCAGCGGCUAUGGUACUUCUGGCUGAUGCUGAUGAUGGGGGUGCUGUUCUGCUGCGGAGCGGGCUUCUUCAUCCGUAGGCGCAUGUACCCCUCGCCCCUCAGCGACGAGCCCGCCUUCAACGUCUCCUUCACCAGGCAGCCUGUAUCCAUGCCAGUAUCCCAGCAACCUGGCAUGGUGGGCUACGGCGACCCUGGCGUCAUGACAUCACCCCUCACCCCCACCUACCCCAUCCAGCCCGGCCCUGCCCACAUGAGCGCCUACCCUCCACCGCCCUCGUACUGCAACCACCCACCCCCGCCCUACGAACAGGUGUUCCAGACACCAGAGAAGAGAUAAAGGCUGCCAGUCACUGCGGCGUCAUUGACGGAGACCAUUGGUGUCCCCUCCGUUUCUUCUCCUUCAUGGUGACAUCAUCACGAGCAGAACUGACAGGACAAGGAGAGGAGGGGACAGCUCCAGUCUGCCACUGUUAUACCUCCACAAUCAGCCCAAGCUCUCGCCCAAGUCCCAGGGACAAGAGACAGACAACCACCUUUAGAGACAAACUGCCUUCUGGGGACCUGUGCUGCAGGCAGUGGUCUUCUGGACAAAGACAGGCUGAAUUUAUCUCCUUAUCUCCAUGGUUUGGAUUUCACCGUCAUUCACCCUUCCUCUAUCUUGCCCACUUUUUUCUCAAAAGCAUAACUAUCCACCUCAGUCUUUUCGGCUGAUAAUGCCAUCUUGAUGGGCAUGGUCCUGUGACUGUGAUAGGUACUGAGUCACUCAUAGACUCCUGUAAAUGGGUGUUUGUGCCACAGACACCAAACUGUGGAAGUUAAUGAAGAAAGCUGACCUAAGAUCAGCACAUUGCUUUUAGAUUAAUAUUGAUUCAAGUUAACAUUAGGGUAGAGAAGCUGAUCCAGGACCAGGGCAUAAGACCAACCACUAUCUAAACUGUACAGGAGUAAUAGCAAAUUGGAGUUGAAAGACACCUUGGAGAAGUUAAAUCAAAAGCCGUUUAAAUGUUCAGAGACUUUCCUAUGAUGAGGCUAAAUAAUUGGGCUUCUCUCUGUAGCUGCCUGUGUUCGCCUAACACUUAUUAAAUAGACAAUAAACGCUUGCGCUGCGCUUAUUGUGACCAUUGCUGUGAAGGGGAAGGAAACAGACCUGGAUUUAUCAGACCUAUUAUGUGCGUUGGAGAGAGCGGUAAUUUGGAGAGGCCGAUUUGUUUGCAAUGUUUUAUUCACAUUAUGGAUGCGUGUGUAUAUUCCUGCUGUGCUGACUGUAGCGAUUCGUCGCUCUGGAUCGGGACACCACAAACUGGCAGAGAAUGUGUAGCUCAGUUGGUAGAGCAUGGCACUUGCAACACCAGGGUUGUGGGUUCAAUUCCUAUGGGGGACCA